GGGCUGUGUUGUUGCUGUCGUCGUGAGAGACGUGGAGAGUCUUUCGCACCGUUCACAUCUGAAAUUGAACAACGGAUAACAUAUACAUCUUUAACUCCGUGAGGGACCCCGCUGUUUGCUUGCUUAUUGAAUUUGCCUCUUCGAGUCAACAUGGGGAACUGCUUAACUGUGGGGCCGAACGAAGCUCUGGUGGUCUCUGGUGGUUGCUGUGGCUCUGAUCAAAAGACCUAUGCUGUGGGAGGCUGGGCCUGGGCUUGGUGGCUCAUCUCAGACACCCAAAGGAUAACUCUGGAGAUCAUGACUCUGCAGCCCCGAUGUGAGGAUGUAGAGACAGCAGAGGGGGUAGCCAUCACUGUCACAGGGGUGGCUCAGGUCAAAGUCAUGACAGAUCAGGACUUACUGGGGGUGGCUUGUGAGCAGUUCCUGGGUAAAUCAGUCAUGGAAAUCAAAGCUGUGGUUCUGCAGACUCUGGAGGGACAUCUCCGCUCAAUUCUUGGUACCCUGACCGUAGAGCAGAUCUAUCAGGACAGGGACCAGUUUGCUAAAUUGGUGCGGGAGGUAGCAGCUCCAGACGUGGGAAGGAUGGGCAUCGAGAUUCUCAGCUUUACUAUCAAGGAUGUGUAUGAUAAACUGGAUUACCUGAGCUCCCUUGGGAAGACCCAGACUGCAGCUGUCCAGAGGGAUGCAGACAUUGGUGUUGCUGAGGCAGAGAGAGAUGCUGGGAUACGGGAAGCGGAAUGUAAGAAGGAGAUGAUGGACGUGAAAUUCCUGGCUGACACCAAGAUGGCCAACUCCAAACGAGAACUGGAGUUGCAGAAAGCUGCUUUUAACCAGGAGGUCAACACCAAGAAAGCAGAGGCCCAGCUGGCGUACGAGCUGCAGGCAGCAAAGGAGCAGCAAAAGAUCCGCCUGGAGGAGAUUGAGAUCCAAGUGGUGCAGAGGAAGAAACAGAUCGUUAUCGAGGACAGGGAGAUUGACCGGACAGACAAGGAGCUCAUUGCCACAAUCAAGAGGCCCGCUGAGGCAGAGGCCUUCAAAAUGCAGCAGCUGGCUGAGGGGCAGAAGAUGAAGACAGUGCUGAUAGCCCAGGCUCAGGCAGAGAAGAUCAAGAAGAUCGGAGAGGCAGAGGCUAGCUCCAUCGAAGCAGUGGGCAAAGCGGAGGCUGAGAAAAUGAGACUGAAGGCUGAGGCCUACCAGCAGUAUGGAGAGGCAGCUAAGACUGCUCUGGUCCUUGAGGCCCUGCCUAAGAUUGCUGCCAAGGUGGCAGCGCCAUUAUCCAAGACCAAUGAGAUAGUCAUCCUCAGUGGAGAGAGCAGCCGUGUGACGGGUGAGGUGAACCGCCUGUUGGCUGAACUUCCUGUGUCUGUCAACGCUCUCACUGGAGUGGAUUUGUCAAAGAUCCCGUUGCUGCAGAAGAUGAGCAGCGCUCAAGCCUGAAAACCAACGACUCCACAUGAUUCCAGUAUCUGUUGUAUGCACUCUGAUAGACUGCCUUUAAUACACUUGAAAAAUUUUGUUGUUUUAUACGUAUAUACUGUAUACCAAGUGAAUUUUGGAAACCUCUGGUGCCUUACUUUAUACAGCGCCAGAAUAUCUGAAUGCACUGCUGCUCAUUCAAAGAUUUUUUUGAUUUAGUUUUAACAUGGGAGCGUUUUAUGUUUUUAUUUAUUUUUUUGUAUUUGAAUAUAUGAAUUGGCCCGUUUGUAUAAAACAGGGGUGGCCAACCAGUCAGAGACCAAAAAUUACCGUGGUAGUACAAAGAGCCACAUCAUACACAUGAGCUUACAAACACACUCCCUCUCUCACACAAACACGAAAUGACAUAAAAUCAAAAUCCAUACAUUUCCAAUUUUCAAAGCCAGAUUUAUUUAUCUCAUACACAAAUGAAUAACCAUGAAUAGAGAUACCCACAAACACAGUCUCUCCCUCUCAUACUGUCUUUCUCCAUCCCCCCUCCACACCCACAGUCUCUCCACACACAUCCACACAGUCUCUCCCACUCUCAUACUCUGUCCAGAUUAGUGUUGUCAUGGUACCAAAAUUGGGAUCCAUGGUACGAUACCAGUGAAAGUAUCACGGUUCUGAGUCGUAUCACGAUACAACAGCAAAAAUGAGGCAGAUGUGCCUUUUGUCAUUUAUAAAAAGAUAAAUCACUUUUCUAUAGCACAUCACUGAUAUUUCAAUGGAAUAAAUUACUUAUUGACUUAUUCAUACUUCAAAAACAGCAUCAAUAAGUGAUUAACAUAGGGGGGAUACAAAUAAAAUACAUAAAUAAAAUAAAAAUCAACCAGCCACCUUCCUCCCCUGACAAGUAAAGAACAGUCCCUAAAGUGCGGUGAGAUUUGUGAACCGUUACCUGACACAGAGACAGAAAUGUGAACGGCUCGCAGUCAUGACACCAAUUUAUUCACCUGGAGCCGGGCUUCUCGGUUGCCGGUAAGCCGUUAUCUUGCGCCGUGGAGCACUAUGGCCAUUAUUGGCCAGCGCAUGGACAUUCACCCUCCUUUGAUUGGACUUUGUACUUAUCCCACAGUAGUGGCACCAUGAGGUCAUGUACCGCGGUGUUUCAGUAGCAGCCUACUGCGGUCUACCGUUGGUACCAGUAUACCAUGCAACACUGCUCCACACACAUCCACACACAGUCUCUCCCUCUCUCAUACUCUCUUCACACACGCACACACACAUACACACAAAGACACACAUUUCUUCCCUGCCAUUUUUUGUUGUGCGAUAUCGCCACCGCGCUGCCGUCCUGCAUUCCUCCCGAACUCCACACCCUCUCACCUGCCCGUGCACACUCCUCUCUCUCUCACUUGCUCCACUUAAGCCUGUUACGUCUCUUAAAGAGCCAUACGCACUCAUAACAAUAAAUUGAAUUUUUUUAUGAGGGAACCCACUGAGCAAGCAACGUCUGUGGACGUCCAAGUCUAGUUGAUAUCACGUCUGAUGUGAUAUCAACUAGACUUGGACGUCCACAGACGUUGCUUGCUCAGUGGGAAGCGGAAGAUCCGCACGCCGAUGGUUUUAAUUAAUGGAUCGAAGAGCCGCACACUGAUAGGCAAAGAGCCGCAUGCGACUCGCAAGCCGUGGGUUGGCCACCCCUGGUAUAAAAUGUCAUCAAAGGGAAAGCUGAUAUUUGAAAGGUGUUAGGGUUGACCCACCUGCUGACUCUCACCGAGGUUAUGGCUCAUUCAUGCUCAACGUUAAAUACGUUUACAGACAAGCAUGGAGCCUUCAGUUGUACUCUGCGUUCAUGUAGUCUAUGUUUGAGCACGUUUUCUGAAACCUCAUGGUCACAGAGGAAACGGAGAAGUACCACUGGAGAUAGUGGGCGCAGUGUUGCGUAGUUCAAGUGAGAUACGUCUGUAGGACAUGACAGAGAACAAAUUUGUGAUGUAAUGAAAAGAAUAGAUUGUCCACAUGUCACACUGUAUAGAAUGGCCUCACACACUGCUGCCAUCUACAAGGCUGUCUCCUUUAAAAGCUUUUACGAUCUCCUCCAGUUUGUCCUUGUUGGUUGUUGUCAGAAACGUUUGAUUUUGCCCUCUAGCGCUGUCUAGUGGAUGUAGCUGUGCCAACAACAUGGACGCACAGGAAUAUGUCGGCAGUGACGGUUACAACGCAUGAAAUUAACAUAUCUAUUUUCAUACGUAAAGGGAGUAAAAAGGAGCCUUGACGAUGUGACAGCUGAUGUUAACACCUAUUCCUUGGUAUUUACACAUUUGGGCCUCUGCUUUCACUUUUUACAUUUUGCAUGAUGCAGGCCUUUUUCUUGAUUUAUAUACCUCUUUCUUUGUAAGUAGACACAUCUGCAUUCCCUAGAUAAUCUGAAUAUUGUUAAUUGUAAAGUUUUCUUUGUAUUGUACUUGUUGUAAUUUUUAACUAUUUAUUUGAAUGUGACACUGAUUGAUUUCUACAAUGUAACCGGUGCUCACAAUCUUAAAAGAAGCCCCUUUCAUUGUGCAAAAUUUGUCUAAUGCCCUGAAAGAAGCUUAAUUCUUGACAAGCUGUUCGUAUCAGUCAGUCCCUCCAGGAUUUCACGUGGAUUGUUUUUGGGAUUGUUGCAGCCUGAAAUGCCUGAUUUCAUGGCAACUCUUCUAAAAAUUGCGAUGCAUUUUGCAAUGUUAGUGGUGCUUUUUAUGCAAGGAAAAUACAGGGACAAAGGAAAACUGCAAAAGUAGUUGUGAUGGUGUCUCAGAUUUGGAGCCUUUUAUUAUAAA